AUGGGACCCAGUUCCUCCUCUCUACGUCCAAAUGCAUUCCGUGGUUUGCUGGAUUCAUCACUGAAUGUCUGGCCAUUAUCAUCCUCAAUAUUAUCAAAAUUAUUUUUGUGAAGCAGCGUUAGCUACAGAGCAAGAGUACAUACUUGAUCAUUCAUCCAUCGAUAGUUGAUCUCUUGGUCGGGGCUGUCUCAGGACCUUUGAGUAUAGCCCUGAUGGGAAACCUCUGUAAUCUAUGGAAUAAUGAUCGCAUGAUAGCAUCA